UACCUACCUGCCGUCCGGAACAGAACCACAUCGACAACAGCAAAAAACGACGCCCCUAUCGAUUUGCUCCCAAUAACGGUUUGGUCACGGAAACCGGGAAGGUUUUUUCCCCCUUAUUAUAGCUGUUUUCAUUAUUUUGUCACUUGGUGUGUCCGGUGAUGGAGACGAGCUAGUGCAGUCGGUCGGUCCGUUCUGUGCGCGCGGGGAGUUGCCGCUGUGUGAGUGUAAAACCCUUGAGGAUGCUUACGAACGGCGGUAGGUAACCGGUAGGAUGGUAGCAGUGGAAAUAAGUGGGCACAGCUACCUGGUGGCGUGCUGGCAGCCCAUCCUAAUACUAAUGCUUGCCACGGUGUUGUCCGGCUCUACCACAGGCUGUCCAUCCCGCUGCGAGUGCAAUGCACAAGACCGUGCUGUUGUGUGCCACCGUAAAAAGUUGAUGUCAAUCCCUGAAGGUAUCCCAUCUGAGACAAGAUUCUUAGACCUUAGUAAGAAUCGAAUUAAAACCAUCAAUCCAGAGGAGUUCUCUGGGUUUCCCAACUUGGAGGAGCUAGAACUGAAUGAAAACACCAUAUCAACCAUCGAACCUGGGGCCUUUAACAACCUGUACGGCCUCAGGACUCUCGGGCUGCGGAGCAACAAGCUCAAACUUAUUCAGCUGGGUGUAUUCACAGGCCUCAGUAAUCUUACCAAGCUUGAUAUCAGUGAGAAUAAAAUAGUUAUCUUGCUGGACUACAUGUUCCAGGAUCUCUAUAAUCUCCGCUCUCUGGAAGUGGGUGAUAAUGACCUGGUGUUUAUAUCCCACCGAGCAUUCCAUGGCCUCAACAGCCUGGAACACCUGACACUGGAAAAGUGCAAUCUGACCGCUGUUCCCACAGAGGCCUUUACACAUUUGCACAGUCUCCACACUUUGUGUCUGCGCAACCUCAACAUUAACAUUAUCAGAGAUUAUUCCUUCAAACGCCUCUCCCGCCUCAAAGUUUUGGAGAUUGCUAAUUGGCCAUACCUGGAUACAAUGACUACCAACUGCUUGUAUGGUUUGAAUCUUACAUCCCUAACAAUCACCAACGCAAAUUUAACUUCAAUCCCAUAUGUGGCACUCCGGCACCUGGUUUAUCUACGAUUCUUAAAUAUGUCUUACAACCCUAUCGUAUUCAUUGAGGGAAACAAGCUCCAUGACCUGCUCAGACUGCAGGAGUUUCACUUGGUUGGUGGGAGACUGGCUAUAAUAGAGCCAUACUCAUUUAGAGGACUCAACUAUCUAAAAAUCCUGAAUGUGUCAGGGAAUGCUCUUACUACCUUGGAAGAAUCAGCGUUCCACUCAGUGGGGAACCUGGAGACACUGGUGCUAAAUGACAACCCUCUGGCAUGUGACUGUAGACUUCUCUGGGUAUUCCGUCGUAGAUGGAGGCUCAACUUCAACCGCCAGCAGCCCACAUGCGCCUCACCUGAGUUUGUCCAAGGAAAAGAGUUUAAAGAUUUCCCUGACAUCUUACAGCCUAAUUACUUCACAUGUCGCAAAUCAAGAAUCCGGGACCGCAAACCACAGCAGACGUAUGUGGACGAGGGAACUACUGUGCAUUUUGCAUGUCAGGCAGAUGGUGAUCCAGCCCCAGUUAUCAUGUGGCUUUCCCCACAAAAACAGUUCAUCACUACAAAAACAAUAGGAAGACUAACCAUGUUUCCUGAUGGUACAUUAGAGGUACGCUAUGCUCAGAUCCAAGACAACGGGACAUAUGUGUGUAUUGCAAGUAAUGCAGGUGGAAAUGACACUGCUGUUGCUCACCUUCAUGUCCACAGUUAUUCUCCUGACUGGCCCAACCAGCCCAACAAAACAUUUGCUUUCAUUUCUAAUCAGCCCAGUGACAGUGGAGCCAACGGGACAAAGGAUACUGUUCCUUUCCCCUUUGACAUUAAGACUCUUAUCAUUGCCACCACCAUGGGAUUCAUCUCCUUCCUUGGGGUGGUAUUAUUCUGUUUGGUACUGCUGUUUCUGUGGAGCCGGGGUAAAGGUAACACUAAACACAACAUCGAGAUUGAGUAUGUACCACGUAAAUCAGAUGCAGGACUAAGCAGUGGUACUGCUGAUGCACCUCGCAAAUUUAAUAUGAAGAUGAUUUGAAAUUUAAAGACACAGUAAACACUGAAUAAUUGUGAGCAAAAUAUAAAAUCCACCCUGACUAACCACUGGAUCCUGCAACUUUCUUAUGGAGGAAGAAUUUAAGAUGUUGUGUGUUUGAUGUUGAAAAGGGAAGAGACUGCAUUUCUAUGUGCUAACAUUUUCUGCUUGGCCUUCAGGGACCAUUUCAUGGAAGACAAUUUUGCUGUAAAACAUUCAAGUGGAAUCUUAUGAGCAAAAGGAAAAGACUAAUGAACCCUUCUCAAUGUUUAUGUGAACCGCUAAAAUACAAAAGAUCAUUGUCCUCCUUUGCUGUCCUUUUGCCUGCAUUAUGUGUUAUUAUAUGAUUUAAUUUUUAAUAGACAAACUGAUAUAGUUUUAUUAUACAGCAGCAGACAUUUCUGGGUUGAUAAGCACAUUAACUAGUUCAUUCCUAUGCUAUAGAUAUAAUUUAUUUCAGAUGAUCACUGCCACACUCCUUGAAUACUGUUGGUAUCCAAGUCAAACACUGCACUAUGACAUGAAGUGUUUUGACAUCUUUUACAUUCCGUUGAAAUAUUCAUUAUUUUAAUUUAUAUUUAUACUAAAUGUAUAUAAAUUUAUAUUUAUACACAAAAAGAGUAGAUGACAAAACAUCUACUUAUGACAAAGUCCUAACUUACUGACAAGUCCUACAUCCUUAACACACUGAAAUUAAAUUUCUCAAAUUAUGCAACAAGCAAGGUGACAUUCAUCUCUCAUGGCUGAAUUCAGCACCUUCAGAUUUUGCUACAGGAUGCCAGAUGUGGUGCCAUCACACAUCUACUAGAUUGGAGCUGCAUAACUUUUGAUUCAGUACAGUUUCUUUUCAACUCUGUAAGGCCAUUAUUAUUCAUUGGUCAAAUACACAUUUGGAAGCUGAAUGUAAGAUCAAAAUAUACAGAUUGCAUAGGCACCAUAGUUAAAUAUCUUUUUAAUUAAAUAGAGUUGAAUUUAUUUCUAUGAUAUCAGUUUAAGUGAAUAAAAACAAUUUCUCAAUGUGAAAUUGAGGAAGAUGUAUUUGGAUAGUUUUUGCAGUAUUCUAUUGAAUCUCAUUAAAACACUGCAAGUGUUAGUGCAAGACAGGCUAUAAUAAAUUAUUUUAUAAAAUUACAGAGAGGUACAUGAUUUACAGCACAGUAUAACUUUUUCAAUUAAACAGGAAGCUGAUUUGUGGAUGUGUAGAUCCAGUCACAGAGGUAGUUAUGACAGGAUCAUGGGAACCCAAGGCGUAUCUAUCCCCAAAGUGACAAAAGAUUAUUUAAAAUUUAUUAUAGUAUGUGUAAGGAUAAUUUAGUUACAAUUUUUAGUUUAAAGCCAUCAAAACCAUACAUUUUGCUGGCAUAUUGGGGUUUGAUCAUUAAUCUGUCAAGUUGUUUCUCAAUCCUCAUCCCUUUCAGAGAAAAUUAAAAGUACAGUUGCAAAAAUGAUUUUGAACACAAAUAGCUAAUUGUUAGUUACCAUCAGUUGCUGUAACGAGUAACUGUUUAGACACUAAAAGAUUAGCUGGAAAAGUCAAUAUAGCAUAAGCUAGGCUAACUAUAUUUAAAAAAAAAAUCAAAAAUGAGAGGAAGUACAUAGUGUUGAUUUAUUAGUUGAUCAUAUUGUUGAUCUAGUUGAUAUGAGACCAACUAGACUAAGAUUAAUUAACACUGGUAAUUUUUCUGGAUGGGCAA